AUGGAAGACGAUACUACUACUCAGUCCAAGCCGUUGGAUGAUGAAGAUAUAAACAUAUUGAAAUCAUACGGGUCGGGACCCUACUCAAAGAGCAUAAAAAAGGUAGAAGCGGAUAUAACAGGAUUAGUAACAAACAUAAAUAAAAUAUGUGGAAUAAGAGAAAGUGAUACAGGAUUAUGCUUACCGAAUCAAUGGGAUUUACAAUUAGAUAAGCAGAUGCUAAAUGAAGAACAACCAUUACAAGUAGCAAGGUGUACCAAAAUUAUUAACGCAGAUACAGAUCAAACGAAAUACAUAAUUAAUGUAAAACAAAUAGCAAAAUUUGUCGUAGGGUUAGGUGACAAAGUAGCCCCUAGUGAUAUUGAAGAAGGUAUGAGAGUAGGUGUAGAUAGAACGAAAUACAAAAUUCAAAUUUUGUUACCUCCAAAAAUAGAUCCUACUGUUACUAUGAUGACUGUCGAGGAAAAACCUGAUAUUACAUAUAGUGAUAUUGGUGGUUGUAAAGAACAAUUAGAAAAAUUAAGAGAAGUAGUGGAAAUGCCUUUAUUACAACCAGAAAGGUUUGUAACCCUAGGUAUUGAUCCACCUAAAGGUGUUUUACUUUAUGGUCCACCAGGUACAGGGAAAACAUUAACAGCUAGAGCAAUUGCUAAUAGAACAGAUGCUUGUUUUAUUUGUGUAAUUGGUUCUGAACUUGUUCAGAAAUAUGUAGGUGAAGGUGCUAGAAUGGUAAGAGAAUUAUUUCAAAUGGCAAAAUCGAAGAAGGCUUGUAUAUUAUUUAUAGAUGAAGUAGAUGCAAUAGGAGGUUCUAGAGGAGACGAAAGUGCACAUGGAGAUCAUGAAGUACAACGAACUAUGUUAGAAAUUGUUAACCAAUUAGAUGGAUUUGAUAAUAGAGGAAAUAUAAAAGUUUUGAUGGCAACAAACAGACCUGAUACCCUAGAUAGUGCAUUAGUUAGACCUGGAAGAAUUGAUAGAAAAAUUGAAUUUAGUUUACCAGAUCUUGAAGGUAGAACACAUAUAUUUAAGAUUCAUGCUAAUACAAUGAAUAUGAGUAGAGAUGUUAGAUUCGAACUUUUGGCAAGAUUAUGUCCUAAUAGUACGGGUUCUGAUAUUAGAAGUGUAUGUACUGAGGCAGGCAUGUUUGCCAUUAGAGCCAGGAGAAAAACUAUUACAGAAAAGGACCUUUUAUUAGCUAUAAAUAAGGUUAUACAUGGUUGUAAGCAGUUCUCUGCUACGGGAAAAUACAUGGUAUAUAAUUAG